AUGAUAUCACCGACAAAUUUUUCAUCUCAAAAAAUUAUCUUGCUUUUAAGGGAUUUAGAUGUUUAUAGUGUACCUUUCAAAAUGGAAGUCAUAUGUGUUGAAGAUUUACCGGAAGAAAUUGGAGUAGCAAGUGAAUUAGGGUUUCAAAAAGUUUUAGUCAAACCAUUUUAUUUUAUGGUUAUUGCAAGAUGUUCUCAGGCUAUGGCUUUAGAAAAUUGUCCUAAAUUUGGUAGUUUUUGUAGUGAUACUUUAGAAGAUUACAAUGAAGACAUUGAAAAAUAUACUCAAAUGAUUUUUAAUGAUUUAAAGCGUAGUGAUGUUGUAGAUGAAGUUAUAAGAUUUUUAGUUUCAAUUAUAAGAUAUCGUGAUGAGGUUAGGAAUUAUUUUGCCUCAGAAUAUAAAAAUAUCUUUCCUAAACCUUCUGACGCUCCAAAACUAAAGACAAUGACUGAGGUACAGUCAACACUUCUCUUUAAUAGGAUUAAAGAAUGUUUUGCCAAAAAAAAGAUAUUGCAAAGGUACUACAAUGCCGGAACUGAAUAUGUAUAUGGGGAAUUAAAUCCACAUGCAUUUUUCCAGGUAGAUUCAGAAGAACGAAGUUGUUAUGAGGGUGAUAAUUUUUUUGAUUGUGGUGCUGGAAUUUUUAAUAUGGUAGCAAUUGCCUCAGCAACUAAAUUUGUACAUCGCAGUAUUGGUAUUGAAAUCAAUCCUGGUGUUGCUUGUCCAGGAGCAUUAUUAUUACUUGGAUUUUAUCAUGUGGCUCGAUUUGCCAAUUAUCACUUCAAUAGCUCCACUCACAUUAUUGGCAAUUUUAAUAAUCCAGUUUUGGAGAAAUUAUUGUUUUCAAGACCAUCUACGAUAAUAGUAAAUAAUUUUGUUCUUUCUCCCGCCACUAUGGAUCCAUUUUUUGAGAAAUUAGCUAAAAAUCACAAAAAUUCCAUUAAAUUUGUCCUAACUAAAGAACCUUCAUUUUGUAGAAAGUUACCAUUUCAAGAUGAUGAUAAACGUGAAAAAUUAACUGAUGAUAGAAAAAGAGUAAAAGGUGAUAUUUUAACAAAUAAUGGUUUUAUCAAAAAAGAACUUAGUCAUAUUCAAAGAGCUGGUUCAUGGACAGAUAAUACAGUGAAAUUAUACUUCUACUAUAGAUAG